CCGAUAUUGAUUGGCAGAUAUGGGAAUUAUAGCAUUGACAGCACCGAAAAAGCCAGAAACAAAUUGAGCCACAAAAGGAUCUUAGUGAAGAGAAUAUGAGCCUACUAUAAUUACAGCCAAGAUACACUUAGAAUCCCCUUCAAUAACCGAGAUUUUAACUAUAAUUGAAUUCUGAACGUGGCCACACCGGGUAAAGCGACAAUUUCCAAAAAAAAACUGGCUGAUAAAAAAAACGAAAAAAAACUUGAUCAGUCAUUGGGAAAGUCAAAAGUCAACACUUAUAACCUCAGAGAAAGUACUCAAUUCGCUGAAUCUACUGUGUUAUAAUCCAUAAAGAUGUCUGAACUAUACGUCCACGAUGUCACUGGUGUCGAUGAUGCCAGUGCUACAGGUACUAAAGAAGCCCCAUUCAAAACCCCAGCUUAUGCUCUAUUCAUUAAAGAAGAUGCUAAAGUCUUUGUUUACAAAAAAGAUGAAGAAACUGAUGGUUACGUUGAAAUUUCAUCAAGUGCAUUGAAGAAAGCUAAAAAAGGUGCUGAUGGUUUAAAGAAAAAAGCUGAAAAGGCUAAAGCCGCCGAAGCUCAAAAAGCUCAAAAAGAUGCUGAAGAUGCUGCUAGAAAAUUAGAAGCCAUGAAAAUCACUAUAAAGGAAGAUGAAUCAUUACCAAAAGCCACAAAAGCUAAAAUCAGAGAUUUGGAUGUUGGUAAAAGAUUCAAAGUUUCAGGUUGGAUUCAUAGAUUCCGUGCUCAAAAAGGUUUAGCUUUUAUUGUCUUGAGAGAUGGUACAGGUUAUGUUCAAGCUGUUUUAAGUGGUGAUUUAGCUAACGCUUACCAAACUCAAACUUUAACAUUAGAAACAACUGUUACCUUAUAUGGUACUGUUCAAAAAUUACCAGAAGGUAAACAAGCUGUUGGUGGUAUUGAAUUAGUUGUUGAUUAUUAUGAAAUCAUUGGUUUAGCUCCAAGUGGUGAAGAUGCUUUCACCAACAAAAUUCAAGAAGGUGCUGACCCAUCAUUAUUAUUAGACCAACGUCAUUUGGCUCUUCGUGGUGAAACUUUAAGUGGUGUUAUGAAAGUUCGUGCUGCUCUUUUGAAAGCUAUCCGUAAAGUUUACAUUGAAGAAGGUAUAACAGAAGUUACUCCACCUUGUAUGGUUCAAACUCAAGUUGAAGGUGGUUCUACUUUAUUCAAAUUAGAUUAUUAUGGGGAAGAAUCUUAUCUAACACAAUCUUCUCAACUAUAUUUGGAAACUUGUUUACCAGCUCUUGGUGAUGUUUUCUGUAUUCAAGAAUCUUUCAGAGCUGAAAAAUCCCAUACUCGUCGUCAUUUAUCAGAAUAUACUCAUAUCGAAGCUGAAUUGGUGUUUUUAACAUUUGAUGAAUUAUUAACCCACAUUGAAACUUUAAUCACAAAAUCUGUUCAAUACGUUUUAGAAGAUCCUGUUGCGGGUCCAUUAGUUGAACAAUUAAACCCAGGUUUUGUUGCACCAAAAUUACCAUUCAAACGUAUGGAAUAUAUCCAUGCAUUAGAAUGGUUAAACGAGCAUGGUAUUCCAAACGAAGAUGGUGAAUCUUUUAAAUUUGGUGAUGAUAUUGCUGAAGCUGCUGAACGUAAAAUGACUGAUGCUAUUGGUGUUCCAAUUUUAUUAACCCGUUUCCCAGCUGAAAUCAAAUCAUUCUAUAUGAAGCGUUGUGCAGAUGAUCCAAGAGUCACUGAAUCUGUUGAUGUUUUGAUGCCAACUGUUGGUGAAAUCACUGGUGGGUCAAUGCGUUCUGAAGGUUUAGAGGAAUUAGUCGAAGGUUUCAAACGUGAAGGUAUUAAAGAUCUAGAUGCUUACUACUGGUUUAUUGAUCAACGUAAAUAUGGUACUUCACCACAUGGUGGUUAUGGUCUAGGUACUGAACGUAUCUUGGCUUGGUUGACCAACCGUUUCACUGUGAGAGACUGUUCACUAUACCCACGUUUCUCUGGUAGAUGCAGACCAUGAAUAUGACUUUAUAGAAUAUGAAUAUAAUGUAAUGCAAAUAUCCAAAAGAGGU